AUGGGAAAAUCCUUUGACCAACCACAUGCUGUGUCUCCACCACUUGUUGGACUUUCUGCAUGUGCCAGGUUUUCCAGCACAGUCUAUACACUGUCUGGUGCGAAAAUCACAAUAUACAUUACUAACCUUGUCCCAGCCUAUGGGUGUGGCCUUCCCACUUUCCCCCCUGUGCUGAGCAGGGUGGUGGCAGGAGAGGACGUCAGGCCUCACAGCUGGCCCUGGCAGAUCUCGCUCCAGUCAGACAGCAGUGGGCGCUGGAGGCAUGUCUGUGGAGGCACCCUCAUCUCUUUUGACUGGGUCCUCACCGCUGCACACUGCAUCAAUGACCGCUACAACUACAGAGUGGAGCUGGGUAAACACAGCCUAAAGACGAGUGAGGAGGGCUCGAUAGCUCGGAGGGCGGCUACAAUCAUCACUCAUGAGAACUACAACACCCUGCUCAGCCGUAAUGACAUCGCCCUGAUCAAGCUGUCUUCCCCUGUCACCUUCUCUGACGCAAUCAUGCCCGCCUGCCUCCCAGACCGGGGCGUCGUGCUGCCCCACGGUGCUCCCUGCUACGUCACUGGCUGGGGUCGACUCUCCACCAGCGGCCCUCUGGCUGACACCCUGCAGCAAGCUCUCCUGCCAGUGGUUGGCCACGAUACCUGCUCACAGCCCGACUGGUGGAGCGUCCUGGCAACAGACCGGAUGGUCUGUGCCGGAGGUGACAGCAUCACUGCUGGGUGUAAUGGAGACUCUGGUGGCCCUCUGAAUUGCCAGAACCCUGACGGCUCCUGGGAUGUCCACGGCGUGGCGAGCUUCGGUUCUGGUCAGGGCUGCAACGUCUUCCAGAAACCCACUGUCUUUACACAAGUCAGCUCCUACAUCAACUGGAUCAACACAGUGAGGAACAUUUUCAUUUUGUGAUUACCUUGCCAGCAUAAACAAUGUAACCUCAAGCAAACAAAAGCCUUGGAUUUCAAAAACAGGAAGUGUUUUAUAAUU